UCUGUCCAGUCGCCUGAUUGCCAGUGAGUAGCCUGGAUGGGGGACGUGCCGGAAUCGGGCUGUGGGCUUCAGUGCCUGCUAGUCCAGCAUUCCACCUGCCCACCCCUGUGUCGGGGUCUCCCAAGCGUUUCGCAACCAGUAUGACAAUGAUGUCACUGUUUGGAGCCCUCAGGGCAGGAUUCAUCAGAUUGAAUAUGCAAUGGAAGCUGUUAAACAAGGUUCAGCCACAGUUGGUCUGAAAUCAAAAACCCAUGCAGUGUUGGUUGCACUGAAGAGGGCACAGUCAGAGCUCGCAGCUCAUCAGAAAAAAAUCCUGCAUGUUGACAACCACAUUGGUAUCUCGAUCGCGGGGCUUACUGCUGACGCGCGACUCUUGUGUAAUUUUAUGCGCCAGGAAUGUCUGGAUUCCAGAUUUGUAUUUGACAGACCACUUCCUGUGUCUCGCCUAGUGUCUCUAAUUGGAAGCAAGACGCAGAUACCAACACAAAGGUAUGGCCGGAGACCCUAUGGCGUUGGGCUGCUCAUUGCUGGCUAUGAUGAUAUGGGUCCUCACAUUUUCCAGACCUGUCCAUCUGCUAACUACUUUGACUGUAGAGCUAUGUCCAUCGGAGCCCGUUCUCAGUCAGCUCGCACUUACUUGGAAAGACAUAUGUCUGAGUUUAUGGAGUGCAACUUAAAUGAACUGGUUAAACAUGGCCUGCGCGCAUUGAGAGAGACGCUGCCUGCAGAGCAGGACCUAACUACAAAGAAUGUUUCCAUUGGAAUUGUUGGCAAAGACUUGGAGUUCACAAUUUAUGAUGAUGAUGAUGUGUCUCCAUUCCUGGAAGGUCUUGAAGAAAGACCACAGAGAAAGGCACAGCCUGCUCAGCCUACUGAUGAACCUGCAGAAAAGGCUGAUGAGCCAAUGGAACACUGAAUGAAAAGGCAGUCUGACUGUGUUGUCAGAUCUCUAAGGAAACGUGAACACAUGCUGACGACAGUAAUCUAUACUUUGAACCGAAAGAUGAAAAUGGUAGGAUGGUAUGUUUUAGGAUCAAUCCACAUGUGAAUUUUUUCUUAGCAACCUCAUGGAAACCAUAAUGGGUGCAUUUUUGUUUAAGAGGUUCUAUAUAAUCAUUUUGUAGACAGUGUAAGUUCCUAUACUAAUGUUUUUAUAUGAAAAAAUAACGUAUUUACAGUUCUAAAGACAACUGUGAAAUAAAAUUAUUUCACCCACUG